CUUGUGUAACUGUUUCUGAAACGUUAAAACUCACACCCCUCCUUCACACUCCACAAACUGUCUUGCGCGUUCAAGAUGCGAGAUUGCCUGAGCAAUAGUUCCUCUCACUAUAGGCCUAAAUUUGAUUCUGCUCGGUUGGUGAGAAAACAUUCUCCAAAUUCUGCUUCCUAACAAAUUAUAUUUUAUUUUGUAUUUCGCAUGUGGAUAUAUCAUUCACCUCAUUAAUAUUAGUUUAUUUGAUUAGGAUAAUGAGGGGUCUUGGCUUUGAAGCCUGUUUAUUGUCGUUGACACAGCUAUGCAUCCUCAGUUGUAUAUUGCAAACAGUUCUUACACAGGAUGCCUCGCCAUCAGCAGCUUUAAGGCAGAGAAUGCAAUGGCAACAAAACGGCCAGGUGUUUAGUAUACUCAGCCACGGUUCCGAAUAUCAGCCAUCGGGCCGAAGAGACCGAAAAACAGGUUCAGCUCAACGGAAUCCCAUAGUUGUCGUUAGCAACAAUAAUGAGACGGCUGAAGAGACGAACGUGCACAGAUACCCCGCGCCAAGAGGCUCUCCAAGGCGGCCAGCGCCGGGUGCGCAUUUACGCACAACGCGUCGAUAUCCUAAUGGGGUGAUUAGGUAUGAAAGACCCCAAGAGAGCCGGGAGACUGCUUCAAGACCUGGCCAUGAUGCAGGCGAUGGAUCAAAUCCCACCGAAGACAAACCCACAUCCACUAACUCUCCACCACUGACCAAUUUGAGAAGAGAGAAUAUGAUGGUUGGAGAUGACCCGAACAACCCCUAUAAAUCCAUUGGUUAUAAUCCCUAUAAUCCCUACUAUAAUUAUUAUGAUGCUUACUACAGACCUAGAGCCAGAAGCACUGAGCCACAUGGUUAUGGCACAAGUUAUCAUCAACAUGGAGGUAAGUGCAAUAUUUCCCUUCCAGUAAUUCACUUUUUAAAUAGAUUUUUUUCUUCACAUUUGUAUGGCAUUUUAUUCCAAUUCAUUUUUUUAACAGCAUGCAUAAGGCUACUUAAUAAUAUUGCAUUUGUUACAUGAUUGACAGGUCUCCCUGACUUGGUGCCAGACCCAUACUAUAUUCAAGUUUCCUCCUAUGUCCAGAGGUCGCCCAUGUACAAUCUGAGAUGUGCAGCUGAGGAAGGUUGCCUCGCAAGGUAUUCUCAUACGGCAGUGACAUUCCAAUCUACACUGAGUGUACAAAACAUUAAGAACACCUGCUCUUUCCAUGACAGACUGACCAGGUGAAUCCAGGUGAAAGCUAAGAUCCCUUAUUGAUGUCACUUGUUAAAUCCACUUCAAUCAGUGUAGAUGAAGGGGAGGAGACAGGUUAAAGAAGGAUUUUUAAGCCUUGAGACAAUUGAGACAUGGAUUGUGUGUGUGUGCUAUUCAAAGGGUGAAUGGGUAAGACAAAAUAUUUAAGUGCCUUUGAACGGGGUAUGGUAGUAGGUGCCAGGCGCACCGGUUUGAGUGUGUCAAGAACUGCAACGCUGCUGGGUUUUUCACGCUCAACAGUUUCCCGUGUGUAUCAACAAUAGGUCCACCACCCAAAGGACAUGCAGCUUAACACCUUGUAGAGUCCAUGCCCCGAUGAAUGAGGCCGUUCUGAGGGCAAAAGGGUGUUCUUAAUGUAUUGUCCACUCAGUGCAUAUAGCUACUGGUGUUUACAAUGUCCAUCCAUCAAUAUUCAAAUGACUCAGCUUUUAGACGUGUAUGUGUGCUGAACUCCAAUGUAAAGAAGCCUCUGAUUACAGUGGUUUAAGGUAUAUUCAAGCGUGUAUUAGACGGAUUAGAAAUUACACAAGAGAGAUAUAGCUGUGGAGAGGAAGGUUGUUAGGGUAAACCAGGGAUUGAACGCUGGUUUCCGGUGGGAAGUUUGUGUGUGCAUGUGUUGAGUGUUACCGCUCAGUCCGGGUUCUGCCACGUAUUACAGUAGUUAAACCCAUCAGAAGCCUAUAGUAGCAUAUACUGUAUAUUCAUUAAACGUAGUAACCAAUAGAGCCAGACUCCAGUUUCCUUUCAGGAGUUCUAAAAGGACAUUUAGGAGUAGUUAAUCAUGAAGAAUAUGGGUCAGGAAUGAUUGGACUAAUUGGACUGGAGUCCCUGGAAUGUGAAAAGUUGAAAAAAAAAAAAAUGAAUUGAUGCAUAAAUGAAAGUGCAUUACCAUAUGAACCAUUUGAAUGUCUAAGACCAGAUGUUUUGUGACGGGGACAGUUCUGCUCAGGGCGUGGCAGAUUACGACACCCGGGUGCUGCUGCGGUUCCCCCAGCGCGUGAAGAACCAGGGCACUGCUGACUUCCUGCCCAGCAAACCUCGCUAUGCCUGGGAAUGGCACAGCUGCCAUCAGUGAGUAAUGGACAUGGAUGCAUAAAGAUGUAUAUAUAAAUAUAUUCAUAUUCAGAGAUUCAGAUUAAGAUUCAGAUCAACUUUAUUAUCCCACCAGGGGGAAAUUCAUUUGGUCAUGUGCUUAAAAAAGACAGUACAUAAAACAUGAAAACACAGAAACUACACAAAAUAAUUCAUACAAAGGGCUAUAGCUAGACAUUUAAAGUGAACGUGCAAUCUGCUGUAUAAUGGAGGGACCAACAGACGAUCUAUCAUACAGCCUAAUGGCUGUUGGAAUAAAACAGUCCCCAUAUCUAUCUGUUUUCAUUUUUCUUUUGAAGAAGUCUCUUUCCCCUUGUCCGACUGCUGCUGUGAUUGAUUGAUUUGAGUGAAGGGGAUGAGUACUGUCCUGUAAAAUGCUUUCAAGUUUUAGAAGGAUGAGUUUUGUGUACAGGUUGGUGGCUGAUUCUUGAUCUAUACCAAUUAUCCUUCCCGUCGUCUUAAUCAAGUGCUGAAGCUUGACUUGGUCUUGCACUCGCAUGUUUCCGAACACGCAUAUCAGACCAAAGGACAGCACACUCUGCAGGACAGAUUUAUAGAACAUUUGUAAGAUAUGGCGGUCGACAUUAAAAUGGUUCAGUUUGCAUAAAAGUUAAGUCUAUUGUCACUGCGUCAGUAGGCUACAGAUAGCCCCACCUUUUCAAUAUCUUUGGAGCAAACAUCCAACUCAAACAUCCAACUCAAACAUCCAACUCAAACAUCCAACUCAAAACGCAUCAUCAUCAUCAUCACAGUUUUGUCUCUGUACUGAAAGUGCUCUUUCUUGAAAAUGUGGCUGCUGACAUGCAACAUUUUGGGGAAUUGUAUUAACAGUGGACUAAUGAACAAAAAUACUAAAAUAUAGAUGUUGAUGUUACUAUCCCUUUAAGACAGGCUUCUAUUAGCCUGUACAGUUUUACAGGCAUGGGGCAUGGUGGAGAGUGCUCUCAACAGAUCUAGGCUAUUAGCUUGCAAUACCAACAUUGAAAGUGGUGCAUUGAGAGUCUGUUGUGGUCUGGUCAUUGAUGUGAAUAUGGUCCAUGUAUUCCAGUCACUUCCACAGCAUGGAUGAGUUCAGCCUGUAUGAGCUGCUGGAGCCAGGCUCCGAGAGACGCGUGGCCGAGGGACACAAGGCCAGCUUCUGUCUGGAGGACACGUCAUGUGACCCUGGAUACUACAGACGCUUCGCCUGCACGUCUCACACGCAGGUCUGUUGUUACUGUAGCCUGUAUCCCAUAUUGCAUCCUAUUCCCUAUUUAGUGCACUGCUUUUUUUUUAUCGUGUCCCAAAAGGGCUCUGGUCAAAAGUAGUGCACCGUGUAGGGAAUAGGGUGCCAUGUGUGGCGCAAUCCUGUGAUCAUCACCUUACGCUCCACUAUAAUACUAGCCCAUUACACAGCAUGCAAUAUGUGUUUCCAUCACACAGCACAAUGGGAGAAAAAAAAAAACUGGUGGAAUCAACAUUGUUUCCACGUCAUUUAAACCCAAAUAAAUCUGUGACGACGUUGAAUCAACGUGGAAAACUGAUUGGAUUUGCAAAAAAGUCAUCAAUUUAAGGGAAUCAUAAUUUUUUUGACCCAACUUUUAACCUAAAUCCAAUGACAUGGUGACAUUUGUUGUUGAUUUCACGUUGAAUUUACGUUAGAUGACUACUCAACCAAAACUAGGCGUUGAAAUGACGUACUGAAUGUGCCCAGUGUGAAGAGAGGCCUGGCUAUAAACAUUAGUUUGCAUCUGAGAGCUUUCACCAUUCAAUAGUAAAGACAGAACCGGAUCGGGCUCAAUGGAGUAUAAUGUAUUGUACCUUUUUAUUCAUUGUUGUUGUGCUAGCCUGGUCCCAGAUCUGUUUGUGUUGUUGUGCUAGCCUGUUCCCAGAUCUGUUUGUGUUGUUGUGCUAGCCUGGUCCCAGAUCUGUUUGUGUUGUUGUGCUAGCCUGGUCCCAGAUCUGUUUGUGUUGUUGUGCUAGCCUGGUCCCAGAUCUGUUUGUGUUGUUGUGCUAGCCUGUUCCCAGAUCUGUUUGUGUUGUUGUGCUAGCCUGGUCCCAGAUCUGUUUGUGUUGUUGUGCUAGCCUGUUCCCAGAUCUGUUUGUGUUGUUGUGCUAGCCUGGUCCCAGAUCUGCUUGUGCUAUCAUGUCAACCCACGCCAAGUGACAAGGAGUUGACAUGAUAGCACAAAGAGAUCUGGGACCAGGCUAUUUUUGAACCGGUCGUUGGAUGAAUCUCUUUGUCUUGGGUUGAUUGUUUUAGGGUUUGAGUCCUGGAUGCUAUGACACCUAUAAUGCCGAUAUUGACUGUCAGUGGAUUGACAUUACUGAUGUGACGCCUGGGAAGUAUAUCCUUAAGGUUUGUUACACUUCUUCUUCUUCUUCUUCUUCUUCUUCUUUUAUAGUAUUAGCUAAGGAGGUUUAUUUCCUGUUCAUACUGUGUGCUAUUGAUAAACAUGUUUGAUAUUACUGUCCAAAUUCAACCUAUUGUAGCAAUGUGAUGUGAAUGAUUCCUGACGUUUUACUUCAUGCCUGUUUGUUCCAGAUCACUGUAAACCCAGGUCACCAGGUUCCAGAGUCCAACUUUGACAAUAAUAUUGUCCGUUGUAGUAUUCAGUACAGCGGCACCUCUGUCCAGGUUUCAGGGUGUACUGUUACA